GCGGGGGCUGGGGCCUCGCUCGUUCCUUCGGCUGCGGGCGGGCGCAGGAGGGCCCAGGAGCGCCCGCCGCGCCCCUGCCCGCGGAGAGCAGGUUGCUCUAAGCCCUGAAAAGUUGACUGGAAAUAACAUCAGGGUGAAACUUCAAACACUGUGUGGCUUUCUAGAAGAUGACCAUAGAGGAUCUCCCAGAACCUCCCUUAGAAGGAGAGUCCCUCAUUGAAGGAGGACAGUUCUUGUUCCCAAAUUCUGAAACAACAGUUACUUUCUCUGUUGCUGCAGCACCAAUGCCUUCAGACUGUGAGUUUUCCUUCUUUGAUCCCAAUGAUGCCGCAUGCCAGGAAAUACUUUUCAAUCCCAAAACAUCAGUUUCUGAAUUGUUUGCUAUCUUAAGACAGUGGGUUCCACAGGUCCAACAGAAUAUUGAUAUUAUUGGGAAUGAGAUCAUCAAAAGGGGUUGCAAUGUGAAUGACAGAGAUGGAUUGACUGACAUGACUCUCUUGCAUUACACUUGUAAAUCAGGGGCUCAUGGUAUUGGUGAUGUUGAAACGGCUGUAAAAUUUGCGACGCAGCUUAUUGAUUUGGGUGCCGACAGCAGCUUACGCAGCCGCUGGACAAACAUGAAUGCCUUGCAUUAUGCUGCCUACUUUGAUGUUCCAGAACUUAUUAGUGUUAUUUUGAAAAAUGCAAAGCCAAAAGAUGUGGAUGCCACCUGUAGUGAUUUUGAUUUUGGAACAGCUUUGCACAUUGCUGCAUUUAACCUGUGUACAGGAGCUGUCAAGUGUUUACUGGAACAUGGAGCAAAUCCUGCCUUUAGGAACGACAAAGGGCAGAUUCCGGCAGAUGUGGUUCCUGAUCCAGUAGAUAUGCCCCUGGAAAUGGCAGAUGCAGCAGCCAGUGCAAAAGAAAUCAAGCAGAUCUUACUGGACGCAGUGCCUCUCUCGUGUGACAUCUCAAAAGCCAUGAUUCCAAACUAUGAUCAUGUCACAGGCAAGGCCAUGCUUUUAUCACUUGGCCUGAAACUAGGAGAUCGUGUUGUUAUUGCAGGACAGAAGGUGGGUACAUUAAGAUUUUGUGGCACAACGGAAUUUGCCAGUGGCCAGUGGGCUGGCAUAGAGCUGGAUGAACCAGAGGGCAAGAACAACGGAAGUGUUGGAAGAGUCCAGUACUUCAAGUGUGCACCGAAACGCGGUAUCUUUGCACCUCUUUCUAAAAUAAGCAAGGCCUCUGAUCACAAAAAAAGCUUGGUACGACGUUCUUCCGUGCGGUCUUCACCUUCUGUCAAAUCCAAGAAAAUAGACGUGACGCACGUAACUUCCAAAGUCAACUCUGGCUUAAAUAUGGCAAAAAAAGACAAUGCUUCUGAGGCCAACUUUCUGACUGCUAACAGGGGAAAAACACUACCUGCAAAAGAUGGUUUUCCUGGAUACAGUAGCUCUUCCUCUUCUACGACCUCAUUGGAAGGCAAACAGAAUUACUCCAAGAAGCGGAACUCGGCUGACAGCAAUAAAAAGGCAGUGACUAGAGUGUCUUCUGCCCCAGCUAAAAUUCGUGCUGGGUCGUAUAGUUCUUCUGCAGCUACAAGGAAAAGUCCUUUUGAUGAAGGAGAAAUUCAGAUUGGAGACAGAGUACUGGUGGUAGGACAGAGAACAGGCACUGUCAGAUUUUGUGGGACGACAAAAUUUGCACCAGGAUUCUGGUGUGGAAUUGAGUUGGACAAACCUCAUGGGAAGAACGAUGGUUCCGUGGGAGGAGUUCAGUACUUCAGUUGCCUUCCCAGAUACGGUAUAUUUGCGCCACCGUCUCGAGUCCAGAGACUAACAGGUUCUCUGGACUCUCUCACAGAGACUUCACUGAGCAAAAGAAACAACACUUUUCCAGGUUUUAGACGCAGUCUAAGCACCACUUCUGCAUCCUCACAAAAGGAGAUAAAUAGAAGGAACUCCUUUGUCAGAUCCAAGAGCUCCGUGUUACGGCGCAGCUGGAGUAACACUGCAACAGCCACCGCCGAGGGACCGGUGAAGCUGCACGAAGGCUCCCAGGUCCUACUGAGCAGCUCCAACGAAAUGGGCACCAUCAGGUACAUCGGUCCCACCGACUUUGCACCGGGGAUAUGGCUGGGGCUGGAACUCCGAAGCGCCAAGGGGAAGAAUGACGGCUCCGUGGGGGAGAAGCGCUACUUCACCUGCAGGCUGAACCACGGUGUCCUGGUGCGGCCCAGCCGGGUCACCUACCGUGGCAUUAACGGCGCCAAGCUUGUGGAUGACAUCUGCUGAGCCUCGAUGGGCUGGCGGGGUAGGGGAGUAGCAUUUGAAAGCAUACAAGAACCCCAUCUAAGAUGCAGACUUAUUUUUAAAUGAUUCAAUCUGCAUUUACAUGUUACAUAUAUAUAGGUGUAUAUAUGUAUGUGUGUGUACAUAUAAUAUAUAUUUUAAUAUAUAUAGGUAUAAAAAGGAGAGAAAGAGAUGAAAAAGUUGAGUUACAUUAAGAAUUCAAACCACUGUUCUGUUUCCCUAAGAGAAACAGCUCUUGCCUGGGAGGGUUAUUGCAAAAGCACCUUGGGUCUGAGGUGCUGUGUUAUUUGAACACUGUUCCUGUUGGAGAAGGCAAGUCUCCAUCCAUCCAUCCCUGCAGCUGCUUUGUGCUUCCUGCAGUAUUUACCUGAUUUUUUUCCUCUGCAUAGUUGGGAACCGAUGCUGCUCUGCGUGUUGCCCGCUUUUGACAGAGGAGGUGGGUAACAAGUGACAUUAUUCUGGUAACCAGGAGCUUUGUCAGUUCCAAUACCAGCUGCUAGCAAUAAGAAAGCAGAAAAAAAUACCCUAAACCCAACCCCCCUUUUCAGGCAGUUGUGAAGUGUUUUUACAUUUUAUCAUUUGUCUCCCUCCUUUCCCCCUCCUGUUCUCCCCUCCUGAAUGCAAAAGGGCUGAUAAAGAGGAGGAGUUGGGGUUAUCCUAGUGAACAGCAGCAAUUUGAUCAAAAGCCUUUAAAAAGCACAAAUCUGCUGCAUGCCUGUCUGUAUAGUACAGAGCACUCAUUGCUGCCUGCUUUGGUAGAAGGAGCUACGUGUAAGAAGCACUCUAAAAUAAUGCACUUUGCACUCUCCUGGAGAGCUUUCCCUCAUUUUUAAAGACUUUCUUUGUUUGGUGCGCUGCAGGCUGUAAGUAUUCCAGUUUUUAAAUGCAAAUAAACCCAGAGUGGAAGUAUACAUAAUAGCCUCAUCAUAAAUAUUAACUCUAUAAAUACAGCCUGGUGUGGGCUAUGUGCAGGGUUUUCAAGCAAGUUAUUAAUGUUAUUUGAUUUGUUUGUGACACAUGUUUUUGUUAUCAUUUGUUUCCUUUGGACAAGUUUCCACUAUAAAUUUCUUAGGUUAAAUUAAGGAUAGGUGUAGGUACAGCAUUGUGGCACACCUUGAUGUGACAUUAUUUGCCUCUCGGCCUUUUAAGACAACUAGUGUUUUGUCCAUGUUUUAAACAUAUAAUAUAUUUUAAUUGCUUGGCACAUGUAAAUGUUAUUUUAUCAGGCUGGUCAUUUUAUUCUUAAACAACCUGCUUGCUUUCACUUGGAGGUGGCGACACUUUAAAUUACAUCAUAGUAUCCUCUUUUUAGACAGAAUUAUGCUGCUGUUACCUUCUUUUAGAUAUCGCUGUAGCUAUUUUUCCUGAGCUGUAUUUAAAGUAAUGCAUAUUGUAUUCUAACUUAUGGGAAUUUUUAAUGGAAUAUAAAAGCUGUAACUUUCUGACUGUAAAUAUAUAUAUAUAUAUAUAUAUAUAUAUAAUUUAAUGCUUUAUAUUUGAAGAUGCAGAUACUCAGUGAUGUGCUGAGCUUAACUUUGUCCGAUACCUGUUUCCUGCUGGUAUUAGUAAAAUGA